AUGCUGAUGCGAUUGUUCAAUAUCGACGCGCUAGUGUUCGCGGCGGGCGGAGACAGGGCUGGCGAGGCGGGAGCGACCGCGCGCGGUCGAGGGAAUGAUGUCAGGCCCUGGCCAGCGUCGAGCCACCGACGCGUCGUCUCUGCGAAGGCUCAGCUGACUGUCCCAGUGGCGACAGCUUCCUCUCUCCGUGCUUCGUACACAGCCCACGCUCGCGUAGCUAUCAUGGACAACGGGAACGGCGAUCCUCAGCCGCCCCUCAAUCAACUUGCGCUCGCCCCAAAUACCCUCAUCACACCAGAAAAUUACUGGCAGCACCUGCAGCAGCUCCAGCGAGUCAAGGAGGGCCUCGCUCAGUAUGAACGCGAGUUGCAGGCGGGCUACAACCGGUAUGUAGCGCAGGAGCAGGAGCUGAGGCAGCGUGUCGAGGCGGGCCGGCAAGCAGAACGUAUGCUCUCGCAGCUUCAGACCUCAGGGAAUGCGAGCGCACCUGCACCGAGCAACCACGCAAGGUUGCAAGCGUACCCGCAAUCACCGAAUCCUCAAAACGGUUCGUCAUCGUCGAACCUGCAAACAUUUCCUCCGGCGAAUGCGCAACCAUACCACUCUCCGCAUGGACAGCAGCCAAACGCGAUGGCCUACCAGCAAGCCCCCACGAUGGUCGUGCCAUAUGGACAAGCUCAUCCGCCCCAGCCCUACCACCAGGCGUCGUCGGCAGCGGCGGCGCAGUAUCCUCAUAAUUGGCCGCAGUAUGUUGCCGCGACGAACUGGCAGACCUCUGCCGGCCAUGCACAAGGUCAGCGCGAUGCGGCGCAACAGUCACAGCAGCCACAGCAGCAGCACCGUGUGCCUACUCCUCAGCAACAUCAACAACAGCAGCGUGUUCCCACCCCUCAGCAACGUCAACAGCAGCAGCAUGUGCCCAUAUCUCAGCAGCAUCACGCGACGAAUGGGACUGGGCACGCGCCCGUCGCCGGUGCCAGCUCGCGACAGCCCGUCUACCAACCGGGACCCUCUGGGAGUAGCGCACAGUCUUCUGCUUCGACGAACCAGAGAACCACGCCGGAGGAGAUCAAGCGCGCCAAGGUCACCUAUGCCUCUCAAGCUCAACAACAGCAACAGCAACAGCACCUGUCGCAAGUGCAUACUGCUGCUACCGCGUAUCAGAAGGUGUUCGACAUCCUGAAGGAGCUGAGGCCUGAAAUGGUCGACUACAUCAUAUUCGCCGCGUUGGACAGUCUGAGGUCCAAGCUGCCCAACGGGUCUGUUCAGGGCCAGUCAGCAUUCCUGAAAGUCCAGAGCCAGCUGCCGCCCCACUCGGUAGAGCAGCUCACGCAGAUCAGCCAAUAUGUUGUACACCAACUACAGGCCCUUGAACCCGCUGCGAUUAAGGCCAUAGUGUUGAGAAUCAAGAGAACCAUGAUGCAGAAUGCUCAACAGCCUCCUGUACAUCCUCAGCAGGUUCCUGGUGGUACUGGAAGUGCUGAAGGUCAAUAUGUUCAAGCACAACCACCUGCUCUACAACCCCACCCUGCUGUUGUAACCAUUCCUUCUGUCCCUGUUGUCCAUUCUGCUGUCAAUUCUGUUCCUACCAACACACCUGUGGUUCAGUCCAUGCCCCAGCCUUUGCCAGUUGCACCUGUGACUCAGCCUUCACAACCUCCUUCACAACCACCAGCUCCUGCACAUGUAGCUGGCUAUCCUGAAGCUGUCAGGAGUGAUGUUGUUACACAAGCUCAUGGAGGUGUCCAGGAGCAACCAUCUGUAGGCCAAUCAGCCAUCAAGAUGCCCAACAUCCAGUUCCAACAACCCUGGGUUCCUACCAGCCCCACGAGGCAGACUGUGUUCACUCAGCCUCGUGCUCAGGCUCCGGUGACUCCUCCCAAUCGGAGCGCGGCUCAGCCACCGUUCGGUAGCACCCCUAAUGCCACCGGUGAGCGUCCGAAAAGCCCGUGGACUCCCGCGAAGGCGGACAAGGCGCGGCUUGCGCGGGAUAUCAUGCAGUCAUUGGGACGCGCGUCGAGAAGUUCGCAGCCACCCGCGUCUUCUAGCGCGCAGCCGUCCCCGUCCUCCGGCAUGCAGCCACCGCCGACAUCCAGCUCGCAGCCGCCUCCGUAUCCCGGCUCUCAGCUACCGUCUACGGAAGCGCACGCCGUCGGUAACGGACUCGCCAACGUUGCAGCAGAAGAGGCAGAAGAUGGGGUCGAAGUCGAGGAGAUCGCUACGGACGGCGCGUUCGAGCUUGCGGUGUGGCAGCAGGCUGCGCAGGAAACGAUGUCACGUCUGCGCCUCCGUCCGAGGCGGGCACGCCACGCAACCACGGCUGGCCAUGUCCCGACGACACGAUACAGCAGCAGGGCCCGACGGAGGACAAUCCAUGCUCGCGCCCGGAGCGCUCCCGUCCCCGAGGCUUUUGGUGCGGCGUCACCUGUGAGGGCCGUUCGCCCUCCUGCACAGUUCCCGUCGAUCGGCGACUUCUUGGACCUCAGGAUCCAUAGCCUCGGGGCCGCCUACGUCGCGCACGGCGACGCCGCCUGCUCGUCCGGAGCGGUUGACCUCGAAGGCGUCGGCUCGACCGCUGAGGGUCCUCAGUAUCCUGCUACGCCUUCUGCGGAAGCGGGUCCGUCGAAGACGCCGCUGUUCUUCCCUUCGCCCGCGAGCGAACACAACGACGAGCGAGAGACGGGAUCGCCGGACGCUGCGGAGGUGUUCGCGAACGCGUAUAUGCAGAACGAGUCAGAGCCCCCCGCCUCGCCGCCGCGUAUCCCUUCGCACCUCAAGGGUAAAGCCAGGAUUGUGUAUAGUGAAUCCGAUGAGGACGAGGGGACGGUCCUGAGACAACCUCAGAGGAAGAAGGCUAGGGUUGAGGACUCCAACUCGGAGGUAGAGGUAUCUGAACAGCGAAAGGCGGGCAGGAACUCACAGAAGCGUGCUGUGUCGCCCGUCAACCGAGCGUACGUACUGGUUCCCCCGAUGCCGAAGUGGGCGCAGCAGCUGCUCGCAAACGAGUAUGAAAAGUCCAGAAAACGAAGGGGACGCAAGGCGUCGACGCCGGAGACGGUGCCCGAUUCGCAGGACGAGAUGGCCGUGGACGAUGAGAUAGACGAGGCAAGACUGCGAGAAGAGCAGGCGCAGCAGGAGCUUGUGCAGAUGUCCCUUCGCAGCCUGCAUGAGUCGCCGUGUCAGUGGCGGGGCUGCGGUGCGAUUAUGGCCUCUAUGGAAAGACUGACGCAGCACGUGCGCUUGCACGCUGAGGAGAGGGUGAAUGCUGAGGGCGCCGCUUGCGAUUGGGUAGGCUGCACUCGAACAUUCGGUUCCAAAACAGUGUUGGCAAACCAUCUUACGUGGCACGCGUCGAAGUCGGUAAUCUGCGUGUUCGAAGGCUGCGAGAAAUCUUUCGCAACUCAGCAAGAGCUGCUGAGACAUCAUAGAUCCGGGAGACAUCGUGCUGAGCGAAUGAAGCCCCCCGCGACGCCGUUCACACCUGACACGCUCGCGCCCCUCCCUCCACUUCCUGAGCUCGUACUAACCCAUAUGCUCAUACCACGGCGCGUUACGCGACAUCCUAUAUCGAAGGUGGUGCAUAAUUGGCUCUCUGCCAAAGUUUUGGAGAACCUGGCAUCAUUCAACUUUGCAGGGCGACGGGGCCACCACAACGCGCCGUCGCGCAGCUCACGCCGGUUGGCGGACAAGGUCGCCGUUGUCGAGAAGGAGGGCAAGACGCCCGCUGCGAAGGUCGAGUUGCUCCGGCGCAUCACGCAAGAUGCGUACGUCGACGUCGCACAUGGGCCAGAGCUCAAGGCUGCCAUGCGCUGCGAGGACAUCGCCUCGUACGAGGUUACGCGGCUGUGCGAACUGGGGCUGGUGCUCUUUCCACCUCCGGAGAUGGAGCGCGAGAACAGUGUGGAACCCAAGAGCGAGCCGGACGAGCUGGACUUCUUGCAUGACAAUCACGAAUCAAACGGAGGACAUGACGGCACCGAACAGCCAGACACAGCCGUGUCGGAGCCAGCUGUACAUCUGGGACAGCAAGAUGAAGCAAGCCACGGCGGGGCGGCGGGGAGUAGCAGCAGUGCCUUCAGAGAUGGUACUGCCGCUGGUGGCGCUAUGGGACGUGCUGGUACUGAUGGACAGUCUCACCUUCACGCGUCAGCUGCCCAUGCGGUCGAGAGGAGAUCGCCACUGCCUGGGUGGGAGGUCCUGCCUUCUGCGUCGGCGUCCAAGCCGCCGACCGUAGAGGAUCUAUGUAGCUCGCAAGAGGGCAACCGCGUACGCGCAUGGAGCGCAGUUGCCCCAUGUGCACAUGAGGGCGCAGUGAGGGCGUUGCAGGGGCAGCCGGCCGGACGUGAUCGCGUUCACACACUCGAGCCGCGGGAGACUGGCCCUGCUUUAUUCGCCCAGCGCACAUCCCGCCACAACCGCGUACCCUCUGCUGCUCUCCCAUGUCCCCCCGCCCUCUCCACUCCCGCCACUAGCUGCUUCCUCUCCCUUGCUCUUUCCCGUGUUUAUUCUCCGGCGUGGCCUCAUUUCUACCUCUCCAUGCUUGCUCCCGGUCCGACCUACAUUUCUAGCCGCUCAGCCGAUGUAAUUCUCUCAGAUGUCCGCCCGAUCAAACUCGCUUAUGAGGCUCUCCAUGCUGUGAACGUCCUGCUCGAUGAGCUGCUCUACACCAUCCUCAACGAGGCACAAUCUUUAUCAACGGACAGGCUCAAGGCCUCGCUCUUGAAGGUCGUCCCGACGAGCUGGGGCAAAAAAGCUUUGUUGGAAGCAGAGGUUGAGUUGAAAGCAUACCUGGACCGUAACAUACCCUCCUCCACCUCCGGGAACAGUGCUGCGGCACCGUUCAGUCUGCAAUGGAGUUUCGAAUUGUUACGCCUCAAAUGCGAGGCUUACUCUACCAUGAACGACUCGGACGAGGAUGGCGAGGCGGAAAGGCGUUUGAGCGAGCGAAUGAAGGAUAGUAGCGUGUCGCCGCCACAGACGUCGGAGGUGGCCCCGGCGGCAUUGUAUCUCACGGCAAUCCUCGAGUCCAUAUGCGAACACAUCCUCGGUAAGAUCAGCAGUGUGGCCACGCGCGACAGUAGUCGUACUGUAGCGAGCUCGCAAGAUGUAUUCACCGCACUAUGUGAAGACGAUUCAUUCUACGGUACAUUCAAGACACUUAAAGUCUACGAGCAAAUUGAACAACUCUCUAAGGCCCAGAGACCACGUCGCAGCAAGUCGUUCACACGCGGUAGCGAUCGGGCUGCAACCCGACCCUCGCGCACGCCGUCAGCUACCCAGGCGGAAUUAGCGGCACUCAGGGACGGAGCGUCGACGCCUGCACGUUCGCGUCUGUCGAUGGAGUCUCUGCGGUCGAGCUCAACGGCGACGGCGACAGCGUCCCCGGAGGGCUGGUCGUCGAUGGAGAGAGGCAAGAGCUUGCGACGGAAGUUCAUGACGCACAGUCGGUCGUCAAGCGAGAAAGAAGCUGACAGCCGCUCACAAAGCGAUGGCGCGCGGAGCCGAGCGUCCGGAGAAUUCGAGGAGGACGACGAGCUCGCGCACGAGUUUGACGAGCUCAUGCGCUCUGGAAGCACGGUGAAAGUUUCUCUCACUCCCGACAGGCUGGGCACCAUGCAGGUCUUCAACAGGGAACGAGCUCAGCGUGCGAAACAGGCGGGGUCCCAAUUUUCGGACAGCCCAGCUGGCAGCGACGAUAACGCCCACGCGCUCUCUCCAGAGCGUCCGCACGCACUGCCUGCCAGUGCUGCACGUCCUAUUCCCCGUCGCGUCGAUAGUAUCGUUGAAGACGAGGAGGAACCCGCUCAGGCCAACUACACUACCAUGCCCAGUGCUGCGGUCAUCACCGAGCCGCCCCGUGUGCGGCAGGCCAGCAAGAGCUUCACAAGCAACUCUGCCGUCUCCUCUGCUGCGCCGCGCUUCCGGUCCAUCUCUAUUUCAGACACCCCCCACCCUCGUCAUCAGUCGCGCAGGUCGCAGGAUCGGCUCCCGAACGGCGUGCCUGUCCCAGGUGGACCGGUGCUCAACAUACAAAAACCUGGUCGCCAGAACUCUCAGAGUACCCCGGCCACGCUGCCUCCGCGGACGAGGAAGGUCGCGCGGCACCGUGAGUCGCUGGAUUUGGAUGAUGUGAUGAACGGGUUGCUGGACGGGGAGGAAGAGGAGGAGGAGGAGGAGGGGGAGGGGGGACCUCAUGGCCCACUGCCACCACCACCUCCAACGGUGGCCCCCUUGCGCAUUGCAUCUCCUUCCGCUACCCCGAUAACACCUGCGAAGCCUAAGGCGCCUCACCUUUCAGCGUCGGCGCGCGACCUUAUCGCAUUCCUAGACGAGGGCCCCCCUGGAGAGACCGAGCGGUCGCCAUCCGCGAUGACGAAUGCGAGCGUCAUCUCGUUCGGCUCGUCUAAGACGAUGCGGACGGGCAAGCUCUCGCGCAUGAUGUCGAAGCUGACCAUGGGGAACACGGGGUCCCAAGAGAGGCUGAACGGGCGGUACUCCGACGACACGCCGAACACGCCGCCGCGCUCGCUUGGGCGCAAGCCGAGCAACAGCUUCGGGCCCCCGACCGCAUUCAAGACCUCCGUGACGCCGAAGCGGUCGAAUCCAAACGUUGUGGUCAGCCCGCCGCACGCUGCGUCUUAUCCUCAGACGCCUGUAUCGCCUCUGUCUGUUUCGUCGAGCACGCGCACGGUGUCACCGCCUGCCACGGCGCCGCCCAUCCCGCGCACGCUCUCUAUUGCGUCCUCGGUGUCGGACGACUUGCAGACACUUUCCACUAUGCGCAGCGGCAGCCUGCGGACGGCAUCGGGCACAUGGGACGAAUUUGGCUCCGAGGCGUCAGUGUCUCGUGAUGGUUCCCUGCACAGUCAGAGUCAGGACGAGGAUGGAUCGUACGCUGGGAGGUCCAGCAGACAGGUACCGAUCAUCAGCCCUGUUCCUAGGACUAAGGAGGACAAGCUCGUGCCGCCCAGUUCGCCUCGUCGGUCUCCAAUCCCGCGCAAGCCGGUGCCCUCAUCCACAGCGAAUGGAAAUGGGCAUGCGUCUGUGUCCAAGGAAGCGUCUCAGCGAAACCGGAAACCUUCGACGUCGCCAUCGCCUACACCAGGCAUCGCUGCUUCCGAUGUCGCCGACCUUCGCAAGUACUUGGGAAGAGCUGAGACCGCAGACGAGUGCCGUCUCCUGGUCGACUUGUUCUUCGCAAGCCAUGGUUUCCCGGUGAAACCAGUCACCGACGGCGCGGUGCCUGAGCUCCCAGAGCUCCCGCGCUUCAUGUCUCUCAAUGAGCUGGAAUCCUCGUACGCCGAGCUAUUUCUCAGCGGUGAUAGCAUAGACUUCGCCGGCCUCGCAGACGAGACAUCUAGCGAGGGCUCUUCGGCCUCGAGUAGAGACUUCCUUUCGCCUGCUUCUGAGCCGACCACAUCCCCUACGCCUUUGCUUGAGACUGUUCAAGAGUAGAGAUAUAUACCGUAAUCUGUUCAUUCAUUUACUUCACUCUGAUACUCGUCCCUUCGUUUUCGUGUCGCUCCUUGUGACCUUUAUGGUACCACUUCAUCGCAUACCUAUCUGAUACCUUUGUUGUUGUUUGCCUGCCCUGCAGUGCGGAUCUAUUGCCAUCUAUACUGAUGUAUCUUUACUUUUAGUGGCCUUCCUGAGUGGAAUGCAAGUGUUUGUGGUGUGAU